CAGCCGCACUCCUCGAUCCGCGCCAAGAGUCCCGCAUCGCUACAGCCCUCCACCUCUACCUUUAGUCACACCUCCUUACCCCAGCCAAUAUGAGCGAGGAAGCGACCAACAAACCGACGUCGGGCGUGGUGUCCUUCGUGACCGGCGGCUUCGGCGGCAUGUGCCUCGUGGCAACGGGCCACCCGCUCGACCUCAUCAAGGUCAACAUGCAGACGCAGCCCAAGCCGCUGCCCGGCCAGCCGCCCAUGUACACGAACGCCGUCGACUGCGCCCGCAAGAUGGUCGCCAAGGAUGGGGUCCGUGGUCUGUACCGCGGUAUGUCGGCCCCGCUGGUGGGCGUCACCCCCAUCUUCGCCACGUGCUUCUGGGGCUACGACAUGGGCAAGCUCAUUGCGAUCAAGGCGUCGGGCCAGUCGCCCACGGCUCCGCUGUCCAUGGGGCAGAUCAUGUUCGCCGGUGGAUUCUCGGCCAUCCCGGCCACUGUGGUCAUGGCGCCUGGCGAGCGCAUCAAGUGCUUGCUUCAGAUCCAGGCGCAGGCUGUGGAGCGCGGCGAGCCCAAGCUUUACGACGGCAUGGUUGAUUGCGCCAAGAAGCUGUACCGCACGGGCGGCCUGUCGAGCAUCUUCCGCGGCUGGGAGGCCACUCUGCUGCGUGACGUCCCUGGCUCUGUUGGAUACUUCGGCGGUUUCGAGGCAAUCAAGCGCGGCCUGACGCCCAAGGGCAAGGACCCAUCGGACCUGAACGCCUUUCGAGUGUUCGUCGCUGGUGGCUUUGCGGGUAUCAUCAACUGGGUCAUCGCCAUCCCGCCCGAUGUCAUCAAGUCGCGCAUCCAGACCGCGCCGGAGGGCACGUACCGCGGCAUCGUGCACUGCUUCCAGUUGCUCAUGAAGCAGGAGGGCCCUGGCGCUCUUUUUAACGGCGUGGGCCCCGCCAUGGCUCGCGCGUUCCCCGCCAACGCCGCGUGCUUCCUGGGCGUCGAGUUCUCCAAGAAGUUCCUGAGUUUCUUCGGUUUCUACUAAGCUCGAGUAAGCAAAAGCGUUCGAUAAAUACAACCAGCCAACGCUUCUGCAGUUG